CUCGAGAAGAUUACCACAAAAAAGCGCCGCUGGCCAUCCUGAGCUUUAAUCUGUCGUGGGAAUAUCUCACGGCUUCUAUUUCACAGCGAGACUUCAUCGCUACUGACUCAAAAAAGCGGGUGCGACCUCUCUGCUUCCACUGCAGACAGCCCACCUAGAGCUCGUCGCCACCACACGCCGUCGACGCGCGGCUCCUUCGCCAUCACACGCCGUCGACGCGCGAGCAAACAAGAACGAUGCUCCACGAGUUCAUCAGCAAGACGGCCCCGCAAGGCCCAGCGCUCCCGCUGGAGGCCGGCGACGCUCUCGUCGUAGUCCUGAAAGUGCCGGCCGCCGGGAAGUCCAAAACGCGCUUACACACUUGCUUCGGCCCGCACGAGACGCAGAAGCUGGCCACCGCCAUGGCGGCGGACACCUUCGAGCGCUUUUCUUGUGGCGAGUGCGCCCAAGCGCGGCGCGUGUGCUGCUUCGCGCCGAGUGAUGAGCGCAAAGAAGCUUCCCGACUAGCCCCGGGCUGGGAGCUGUCGCCCAUGGCGUCGCGGGACCUGAAGAGUUCCGACCUCGGCACCGCUCUGAGAGACGAAUAUGUACGAAUAAGGAGCCAAUCGAGGGGUGCGGUCGUCUUUCUGGGCUCCGACGCGCCCGAUUUACCCAUAGACUACGUUUUAGAUGCGUGUGCCUGCGCAAGGCAAGGCACGGCGGCGAUCUGCGAAGCGCUGGACGGGGGCUACGUGUUAUUAGCUUUGCCAGCAAAUGCGCCGCCCGAGGUGUUCGACGGCGUGAAGUGGUCCUGCAGCGAGACGGCGAACUCCCAGCGAGAACGGCUAUCGAAUUGCGGCGUUUCUGUAAGGACGUUGUUAGGAAGGUGGUCGGACAUCGAUGAAGUCACCGAUGUGCACGCAUUGCUCGAGCGCCUCAAGACAUCGAAGGCCUGUCCCCGGGUGCUGGCGAUGGCCCCCAAGCUCGAGGCUAUGUUGGCGAUCUGGAAACCGGGGGAAGAGAAACAACAACCACCGUCGACCAUAACGGGUGUCGCGCCCUGGGCCCAGCCGACGGCUCCUCAGGAGCCGUGGGCCGCGAACGCUGCUUUACGAGCUAGGUUGCAAGCUAGGGAACGCGCUGCGUCUUCUCGAGAUCCCCGCGGCGUGCCCGACCCUAGGAUACGGUCCGGACGACCACCCAGAGCGCCGUCUUCAUUAAAUCCCGUGAGCGAGGGGAGCGCUUCUGUCCCACAACCGCUGCCGGCCUUCGACGCUUCAACGGAAGCGAACAACCCGACGGACUGGGAGGACGACGACACGGUGGCGCCCUGGGCCGAAUUUUCCGAAGAAAGGCAGGCCCAGAGGCUGGCGGAGCUCGAGGCCUUCAACGCGAAGACGCCACCCACCAGUCCCUCGACGGUGGCGAAGUCGCCGACGACGCCCUCGACCAUUGGAUCGCCGGAGUCGAAGGGGGGCUUCAGCCCUUAA